UUGAAGUAAACUUCAUAUCAAUUUUUAGUAAAACUUAUCAUUUGACGUUCCACACAUUUUAUUUCUUAUACUUUCAUAAAUAUUUUUGAUAGAAAUUAUUAUGCGGUAUGAAACACUGGGCAAAUUGUCAAGUAUAUACUGCUCGCCUAAAAAUUUAUUACGUCGGAAAUAUUGCACGCAGGUCUUAACAAACCUGAACUUUUUUUUUAAACUACAAAUGUCGAGUAAAGCUUCAUUAUAAAAAUGUUAGAUUUCUCGUUAGCGGAAUGUAUGGUCGCGUGUAGCAGCGUUCUGCUCAUGGUGCUAUUAUUAACUGAAAUUUUGGAUUGGACGCAAUUAUUUUCAUGGAUGGAAAACGACUACCGCCCACCAGCUUUUUCAUUCGGCUAUGCUCAUCAGAAUGGUCCUCAUACUUGGAAAGAUUUAUAUCCUGAGAGCACUGGUAGCAACCAAUCGCCUAUUAAUAUCACCACUAGGCUCGCCGUAGUUGUGCAACCAUCUGAACCACUUCGAUGGAGCAAUUACAAUAGUGGACCUCUGUCGAUGACUAUCGCAAAUGAUGGCCAUACUGUGAUACUCCGAGGAUUCUGGACCAGCGCCACAUGGCCACAGCUUCAAGGAGGGCCAUUGACCGAUACAUACGAUUUCUUUAACGUUCUCUUCCAUUGGGGCCCGUCAAAUGAAGAGGGCAGUGAACACACCUUGGACUACGUUCGUUUUCCUAUGGAACUACAGAUCAUUCACAUUAAACGUGGAAUUAAAUCGCCAACGGACGCAAUUGCGCUUGGAGCAAAAGAUGGAAUAGUGAUCGCUUCGUUCUUCCUUCAAAUAAAUGACGCGGAUAAUCCGUAUUUGGAUCACAUCGUGAGCAAUUUAUGGCGCAUUGCCUGUCCGGGAUCUAAAGUUUACAUACCUCCUUUUCCGUUGGAGUGGAUUUUCGCGCCUUUUGACAGAGAUUAUUAUACGUACAGCGGUUCUCUUAGUCAGCCACCUUGCAGUGAAAUUGUUACAUGGAUCGUGCAGCAAGAACCAAUUGCUAUAUCCUCAUCUCAGAUGGAGAAAUUUCGAAAAAUCUGUUCAGUAGAAGGCCCAUUACUCUUGAAUUGUCGACCAGUUCAACCGUUGAACGACCGUGAUGUUUACUUUUAUGAAGAAAGCUUGUUGCAUAAUUGAUAUGUAAUUACUUUA